UUGCCUGCAGUCAGUUCCGCAGCGACACAGGUGAACUGUUUCUUCUCACUGCCGGAAACAUCCAGUGUAGCCAAGACUGUUGCAGCCCAGCGAGAAGCCCAGGAUGUUCCUGAAGGCUGUGGUGCUGACCCUGGCCCUGGUGGCUAUCACCGGCACCCAGGCUGAGGUCAAUGAGGACCAGGUGGCCACUGUAGUGUGGGACUACUUCACUCAGCUAAGCAACAAUGCCAAGGAGGCUAUGGAAAAACUCCAGAAGUCAGACAUUACCCAACAGCUCAACACCCUCUUCCAGGACAAACUUGGGAACGUGAAUACAUAUGCCGAUGACCUGCAAAAGAAGCUGGUUCCCUUUGCUGUAGAACUCGGUGAGCGCCUGGCCAAGGAUACAGAGAGGGUAAAGGAAGAGAUUCGAAAGGAACUAGAGGACCUACGUGACCGCAUGAUGCCCCACGCCAACACCGUGAGCCAGACAUUCGGGGAAAAUGUGCAGAAGUUGCAGCAGCACCUUGGUCCCUAUGUGGAGGGACUGAAAACCCAGGUCAACACCCAGGCACAGGAGCUGAAGCGCCAGCUGACCCCCUACAUGCAGCGCAUGCAGACCACACUGCGGGAGAAUGUGGACAGCCUGCAGGCCUCAAUGACGCCCUUCGCCAACGAGUUCAAGGACAAGUUUAACCAGAACGUGGAAGAGCUCAAGGGGCGCCUAACCCCCCGCGCCAGCGAGCUGAAGGCUACGAUCGACCAGAACCUGCAGGAACUGCGCAACAGCCUGGCCCCCCUCGCCGAGGGGAUGCAGGAGAAGCUCAACCACCAGCUCGAGGGCCUGGCUUUCCAGAUGAAGAAGAAUGCCGAGGAGCUUCAGACCAAGGUCUCCACCAACAUCGACCAGCUGCAGAAGAAACUGACCCCACUGGUGGAAGACGUGCACAACAAGCUGAAGGGCAACACCGAGGGGCUGCAGAAGUCUCUGGAAGACUUGAACAGCCAGCUGGACCAGCAGGUGGAGGAGUUCCGACGCGCCGUGGAGCCCCUGGGGGAGACGUUCAACAAGGCCCUGGUGCAGCAGAUGGAGCAGUUCAGGCAGCAGCUGGGCUCCAGUUCGGGGGACGUGCAAAGCCACUUGAGCUUCCUGGAGAAGAACCUGAGGGAAAAAGUCAGCUCCUUUAUGAGCAGCCUGGAAAAAAAGGAGAACCCAGACCAGCCCCUGGCCCUCCCCGUCCCCGAGCAGGCCCAGGAGCCCAACCCCAACCCCAGCCCCGUGGAGAGCUGACCUGUCCCUGGUGCCCACAACGCAUUCCAGCAGCAGACACCUGCCCUGCCCCACCCCCUGUCUGCCAGUCUGUCCCUAAGCACGCCUUGUACCUGCUCGAGGACACUUGUCCUGCAGAAGGUGAUGUCUCAUCUAACUACUCAAUAAAGCAACUGAGAAAUUA